AUGGUGUCCGUCGAUUUGUAUACUCUAUUCGACAAUUUCGUCACCGCCAACAAUUUCAAGCAAAUCCUUCACACGUUUUACCUCAUUUGCACCCAGCUCGACCUCGAUCCAACCGACUCGAAGCGUGUUUAUGAAGAAUUACGAAAGGAGAUCAACGAUUGGAGGGCGCAAAAGUUGUGGAAACUGUUGGACAAGAAAUGGACACAAACCGAGUACCGGAGUCAAAAAGCUGCCAAUCGACUCAACGUUUUGAUCAUUGGAGCCGGACCAUGUGGACUUCGGACGGCGAUCGAGUGCGCUCUUCUGGGAUCGCGGGUUGUGCUCAUCGAGCAACGGGACAAAUUUAGUCGAAACAACGUGUUACAUCUUUGGGAGUUCGUCAUUCAUGAUCUGAAGUCCUUUGGCGCGAAGAUUUUCUACCCAAAGUUCUGCACGGGAAGCAUCGAGCAUAUUAGUAUUCGCCAAAUGCAGUGCAUCCUGCUUAAAGUCGCCCUUUGUUACGGUGUCCAAGUGUAUGAGGGUGUCACCUACAAGGAUCUUCUCACGCCGCAACCAAGAUUCGACAAGAAUGAAACUUACUCGGGUUUCCGUGCCUCACUUGAACCAGCCGAUCACCUACUUGGCGAUUACGAAUUCGACGUGCUGAUUGGAGCCGAUGGGAAAAGAAACACCAUAAAAGGAUUCUCACGUGACGAGAUGCGCGGAAAAUUGGCAAUCGGAAUCACGGCCAAUUUCGUGAAUCGACAUACGGCUGCCGAAGAAAGAGUGCCCGAAAUAAGCGGUGUCGCCUACAUCUUUAAUCAGGCGUUCUUCAAGGAAAUGCACGCAACAACGGGAGUCGAUCUUGAAAACAUUGUCUACUAUAAGGAUGAAACUCACUACUUUGUGAUGUGCGCGAAGAAGCAGAGUCUGCUCGAGCAGGGCGUCAUUUUGAAGGAUUGCGAAGACGUGAACGUGUUGUUGUCGGCGGAAAAUGUGAACAAAGAGCAACUCUGCCGGUACGCCUACUCGGCAGCGCAAUUCGCGACAAAUGGCAAACUACCGAUCCUGGACUACGCGACAAAUCACAAGAGUCAGCCCGACAUUGCAAUGUUCGAUUUCACGUCGCUUUACUCAAGUAAGUACAGCGUUCGACUAAUUGAGCGAAACAAACGACGACUUUUGCUGGGAAUCGUUGGCGAUAGCUUGCAUGAGCCAUUUUGGCCGACCGGCUCUGGAUGUGCUCGCGGAUUUCUUGGUGUCAUGGACACGGCGUGGUUGAUCAAGGAGUACGGGAUGAACGAACGGGAACCCCUUCAACUUAUCGCCGAACGUGAAAGCAUUUAUCGGUUGUUGGCUCAAGUCACCAAGGACAAUCUGCACAAACAGUUGACGAAAUUCACGAUCGACCCGAAAACCCGUUAUGUGUCCUUGGAAAUAACGAUGCGACCGGAGGAUGUUGUGGAAAUCGUGGACUCUGAUGCUCCGAGAUCGAUCUACCACCGGCAACCCCAUCCGCGGCUCGACGCACACGAGCAUCCGGAAAGAAUGAAAUACGCGGCGUGGAGAUUCCUGACCCAUGCUCUGACACCGUACAAGCUGAAGCUCUACGAUAUGAACACGUCGUGGAACGACGGGAUGGCGCUGGCUGCAUUGGUGGCGAAAUUUCGACCCGAAUGCUUGGAUUAUUUUAACGUGUUGAGCUCGAGCGAACGGCCAAAGGAUCGCUUGGAAAUGGUCUUCUCGCGAGUCCGUGAACACUUGGAGAUCGCCGAGCCGUGCACCCCUGAACAAUGGCCAAGAUUGAGUGAAGAGUUGAAGUUGGACUACAUUUACGCGUUGAUCGGUCUCAUCAAAUCGGAUAUGUACCGGGUGCGCUCGAUUUUGAUCACACCGCGGAGCGCCGCCAGUAAACGACCGAAACCGAUGCCCACAAAGUUCGACACAUCAAAAGCGAAGAAGUCGGCGGUGAUCGAGAAUCUUCACGGGCAAAUCAAAGCCUUUUACGAAAGAGGGAAACCCACCGAUCAGCCAACGCCGCCACCGUUGAGGAGACAAUUGGAGCAUUUACCCAGCAUUGAAGAACCCACGGACGAUUCACGAUAUCUCACCAAAAAGCCGCAGGUGAGUGCCCUUGAUCCGGCUCUUGUUGGACGCGUCGAAAAGUUUAUCACCGGCAAGCGUGAGGAAAAUAAGGCAAAGAUUAGUGUUGAAGAGGUGGAACAAGUCGAGAUUCAGCGACAAGAAGUGAGAGAAGUUGUGGUUGAUGAGGGACAACAACUGGCAAACAUCAGCGGUCAAGAGGAAAAGAUUCCGCAACUGCCCGAACCCGAUUCACAAUCACCAUCGUUGACGUUGGUUACACGACGACAAGACGGAUCGGUGGUGAUGCGGCCCGUUGCCCCCGUACAACCAAAGCGUCAAGUGCACUCGAUGCCCGAUGUCGACGCGUUGUACGAUAGUGUCAAUCCAAGGCGACAAAACACGUGUCAAUUAUGCAAUGAGGUGGUUUUCUUGGCCGAACGAAUGCAAGUCGAAUCGAUGUACGUUCAUCGGGGAUGCUUCAAAUGCUCGUUUUGCAGUCAACCGCUUCGUUUGGGCGAGUGUGGACAGGAUCGCGAGUUAGACAAGAUCGAGAAUUACCGCAAUAAGUUUUUCUGCAAAACGCAUCUCCGUUUACCGCUUCGGGAAAAGAUCGGAAGAAUCGAGUAUACGAAGAAAAAGGCGUUGGCUAAACAGGCUUCACAAGACGAAGGUGCCUCAUCGGACUCAUCAAAGGGGAAUCUCAGCGAAUCACCCGCUCAAAUCAUCAAUCGUUUCCCCCUGCAAGCACUCCCAUCACCGAUUCUCCCAAUUCGUGUCCCAGCGUGCCCACCAAAAACAGCCUCAUCGUCGAACAUGUUACACUACUAUGGAUCCGAUCAGAGAAGACUACAAGACUUGGUGUUGCCAAACGCGAAACGUGUGCUCACGUCGCCGGUGGAUUCGGAUCAAAAUGGCCUCCUCUCGACACCCGAAAGAGCCGCCUUUGACGCGCAACAAGAAAGGCCGAAAUUCAUUAAAAAAGCCGUUGACAUCGACAGUGAAUCUGAAGAAGAGGGAACGAGCGGGAGUAAUAGUUCAAGGGAAAGAACCGGAUCGUCGAGUUGCUAUUACUCAUCAAAAGAGGAGACGGACAGCUCGCUGCGAUCCCGCUCGAAUACACAAGACGUCGAUUUAAAUCAGACUUUCAUCGACGACGAGGGGAAUCACGAUGAAUCGCUGUCGGAUGAGGAGGAUAAUUUCGCGGAAGAGGAUUUACAGGAACUCGAGAAGACCGUUUUGGAGAUCACCGAGCAAAAUCCGAGCAAUAAGAUUGAGGAGUCGAUCGCUCGAUCGGUUUUGGAGCGAAUAAACAGCCGCCGGCGUGAGUCGAUACGACACGAAAGCAUACGCCAUACGGCGACGAAUUUCAAUCAAAUGGGAGCCGACACGUCGACGAAAGUUGAUCAACCCGGGCAUCGAUCCGAAUCCACUUUAAUGAGAGGAUCAUCCGUUGAUUUGGAUCGUUUACGAGAAGAGGCGAGAAGGAGAGCCCGAAUGAAAAGCGAUGAGCAGCUGGGGAUUUUGAACACGCCGUUGAGUCGCUCAAAAACCCGCAGCCCACCACCGACACUAUUUGGUCGAGAUCGGGCGGCGACAACGGGACAAUUGGAUGACUCGGCUCAACUGCCCACAAUGCUCAACCAAGUCGAUCUGCGGAGGCAGGCUUUCUCGGCUUCUCGCGCGGACACGGCUCCCGAAAGUGACCUCAUGGCGCCACCAUUACCCGCCAGAACUCCGCCGAAACAAACAUUUUACGGUUUCCUUUCACCGAAUUUACAACACCGAAGCACCACCACGACGGCUUUGACGGAAAGCGCUGAAAAAAUUAAAGAGCCAAUCCAAUCGGAAAGCUCAAAAGAGAACGGUUUGCGCGCGCGGAACUCAAUCUGGGAUCAAUUGCGCGGGCAACGCAAUCACUCGCCGAUUGCCCCAAUUGAAGCGUUUCGUGGAGUGCCGCUUGCAUCGCCAAGUCUUGUCAUCAAUUCGGAUCAUGUCCCUUGUGCUGCUGUUGCCCCAUCGCCCCGACCACCAGCGACGACCAUCGCAAAAACGACAGUCUUUGUUCCCGGCAUUCCACCGAUGCCAACCGCUGCCGGACAAUCGAUCGCUUCACUGAGUGCUUCAUCGUCGGUUGCUGCCGACGUGCCAACACUGGCGCCAAGUGAUCGCAAUUUACGCUUCAUCCAGAAGAGGGGCGAGAAGAUUCGCCGACAACACGAAGAGGACCGACUCCGAACGGCGCAAGAUCUGCAACGACAACUCGACGAAUCAGAGACCCGCUUGGAAGCGAUUGAGCGACGGGGACGGGUUGUCGAGGCGAAUCUCAACUCGGAUCCAACAAGUGUUGAUCUGCUCUCUGAAUGGCGUUCCCUUGUUCAAGAAAAACAAAUCUUGACUGAUCGCGAAAAAGAUCUCCAGCUAAAGGCGAAAGAAGUACGAUUGGAGCAUCGCUAUCGAGAAUUGGACGCGCUCAUCAACCAGCAAAACGAUUUGAAACGAGGCAACGACGAUGACGAUGAAAAGGCUUCCCUGCUUCGCGAAAUGCUUUCGAUUAUCGAUCAACGGAAAGAGCUGAAACGGGAAUUGGACGAGACGAAUGUGACGUGGAGGAGGCGAAAAGUGAAACAAUCAGAUUCGACUUCUCAUCCAUCUCGGGCCACCACCCACACAGCUGCCGUCGAUUAUCGUCAAUGCAAUCCGGUCUUUCUUUGCAUA